AUGUUAAAAUCACCAUUCUGCAUUGAUACUUUUGUUUUCGUUCUUCUACCAUCGUGUGACUAUCUAUUCUCUCACUCUCCCUGCCCCCUCUCUCUCUCUCUCUUUCUUUCUCUCUCUCUUCUUCUCUCUAUGUCCUUUUCUUUCUCUUCAUCUCUCUCCCCUUCUCUCACUCUUUCUCUCUAUCUCUCUCUGACUCUCUCUCUUCUCUCACUUUAUCCCUCUCUUUUUUCUCUCUCUUCCUCUCUUUCUUUCUCUCUCUCUUCUUCUCUCUCUUCUCUUCUCUUUCUUUCUUUCUUCUUCUAUGUCCUUGUCUUUCUCUUCCUCUCUCUCCUUUUCUCUCACUCUUUCUCUCUCUUCCUCUAUCUUACUUUCUCUCUCUUCCUCUCACUCUCUCACUUUCUCUAUCUUUUUUCUCUAUUCAUCCUCUCUCUUUUCUCUCUAUCCCUCUCUCUCACUUUCUCUCUCUGUUCCUCUCUCAAACUUUCUCUCCAUCUCUUUCUUUUCUUCUCUCUUUUUUUCUCGCUUUCUUUGCUCUUUCUUCCACUCCCCUUUUCUCUAUCUCUCUAUUUCCCUCUCUCCCUUUCUUUCUCAGUUUCUUUCUCUCUCUUCCUCUCUCUCUCUUCUUCUUUCUCUCACUUUAUUUCUCUAUUGCUCUCUUCUUCUUCUUCUUCUAUCUCACUUUCCUCCUCUUUCUUCCUCUCUUUCUCAACUCGUUUCUAUUUUCUCACAAACAUGGCCGAAUAUUUCCUUCUCUGUCGAGGACACACAUUCAGCCGACAGACACAUGUACACGUGGACACACGCAUUUAA